UUGCAGUCAAUCGAGUUUGAAGGUAGUAGACGUAAACCUUACAGUAGGACGUUCAGUUUUGGUCGAGUUUUAAAUCUUGUUGAUUUGAUUUAAAUUGAAUGUUCCUGUUGUUCAUUUUCUUAACGAACAGAAAAUUAAGUAAUUACGGUCGUGUAGGUUCAGUUCCAAUAAUUUUACAGUGUCGAAAAUUGCAGUUCCUUACAGCAAUUUCAUUUCGUAAUCAAUUUUUGAACAUUUUACAAAAAUAGUGAGAAUUGCAUAAAAGCACAGUUUCGAAGGCGAAGUGCGGUUCAUAACAACGUAGAAUUUGAUCUUUGGACCUUCUAGGAAAAUUUACGGAUCUGGUGGCUAAACUUCUACUUUCACUUGAAGAAUUUGUGUUUAUAAAUUGAACUUUGUGUGAUGCAAUAUUGAAUUGAAUAAGCAGACCAGAACAACAAUAUUUGGAAAGGUGUGCAGUUCUACAAAAAUCUGAGCACAAUUUCUUGCCGCAAGAAUUUGAACCACCGAUAGGAUGGCUGAAGCCCAUUCGGCCGUAGCAUUUUCAUUUUCAAUCACACAUGAUGGAUAUAACAUAAAUUACAAUCGUGAAGUGCUGAACUUGGUGUGGGAUUCAGGCGUAAGGUCAUGGAAAAAACGAAUUGCCAGAUUUCGCAAUGGAAUUCGAAACGGAGUUUUUCCGGCACACAUUCAGAGUUUGUACAUACUGAUAUCGAUCGCACUGGGACUUCAUGUGGCUGGGAAACAGGCUCCCUUCAACCUGACGAAUUUGAUUUUGCCGCUAUUACCUGCCCAAACAGCUCUAUACCAAUUCAUUGCAUGUAGCUUAACAGGAUUAGUAUUCUGGCUGUGCAUAUGUUACACAAUGCGAUACACGCUGAAAUUUCUAUUGAUGUACAAAGGAUGGAUGUACGAGUCCAGAGGUAAGGGUUCAAGAAUAUCGACGGCAACGAAACUUUGGGCUGCAGUCACUAAAGUUUUAUCCAGUUGGAAUACACCAGGAUUGUACAGUUUUCAAGGAUCAUUGCCACGUCUGCCACUACCCAGUGUGCAUGAAACGACACAGCGGUAUUUACGAUCAGUACGUCCGCUGCUGGACGACAAAGAAUAUGCCCAUAUGGAAGACUUAGCCAGGGAAUUUGAAUCGACCAUUGGCAGCAAAUUACAAAGAUAUUUGACGUUGAAAAGUUGGUGGUCCACAAACUAUGUGUCGGAUUGGUGGGAGGAGUACGUUUAUUUGAGAGGACGCGGACCUCUAAUGAUCAACAGCAAUUUCUACGGAAUUGACGCUAUUUACAUGGAAACGUCGAAAGUACAGGCUGCUCGGGCAGCGCAUAUCACAUCGCUUUUAUUGAUCUUUAGACGUACUGUUGAACGGCAAGAAUUGCAACCGAUCAUGGUCCAAGGACUUGUCCCACUAUGUUCCUGGCAAUAUGAGCGAACCUUUAAUACGGUUCGUGUUCCCGGUGAACAGACCGAUAAAAUUGUACAUUACAAGGAUUCAAAUCAUAUCGUCGUAUUACACAAAGGCUGUUACUACAAGGUCAUUAUUUAUUACAAAAACCGAUUACUAAAGCCUUGCGAGAUUCAAAUCCAAAUGGAAUAUAUUUUAAAUAACAAAUCAGCAGUUCCUAGUCCCGGUGAAGAGCAUUUGGCAGCACUGACAGCAUGGGAACGACAAAAGUGGGCCCAUAUCAGGGACACAGUUUUCCGGCAAGGAUUGAAUCGAGUCUCGUUGCACAUAAUUGAAAGUGCUGCGUUUGUGCUAUCGUUAGACGACGAACCAUUCGAAUUUGACUUAAAUAAACCAGAGAAAUUGGACAAAUUUGGUUCGGUUUUACUUCAUGGUAAAGGCUGUGAUCGAUGGUUCGACAAAAGUUUUACCGUCUGUGUCGGUUCGAACGGAAGGAUUGGCUUCAAUGCUGAACACACUUGGGGCGACGCAGCAAUUAUGGCACAUAUCUGGGAAAAUAACAUCAUGGAAGAGGCAGCCGUUAAUGGGGCUGAUGCUCCUGUUGUUGGCCACAUGUGGGAGCACACAUUUGGUACUGAAGUUGAUGAAGGAUACGACGAAACAGGCAACACUAAAGGCGUCAAGGAAUUCGAUCCACCAAUGCCGUUACGACUGUCUUGGAAUUUAGAUGAAACUGUUGCCAUUCCGGCCAUUGAGGAAGCCUACGAAUCUGCCCAGAAGUUGAUUCAAGACAUUGAUCUACGUAUUUUAGUCCACAAUCAGUACGGUAAAGGUUUCAUGAAGACGUGUGGCAUUUCGCCCGAUGCAUACAUACAAAUGGCAUUGCAAUUGGCUUAUUACAGAGAUGCUGGAAAAUUCUCACUAACGUACGAGGCAUCGAUGACUCGACUCUUCCGUGAAGGCCGAACGGAGACAGUUCGUCCGUGUACAAUAGAGUCAUCGGCUUGGGUACAGGCAAUGGUUUCUAACAAAGAAACGCCUGAAAGUCUGGUGGCACUACUACGAAAGGCAUGCCAGAGACAUCAGUUAGGUUAUCAAGAUGCCAUGUGUGGUAAAGGCAUCGAUCGUCAUCUGUUCUGCUUAUUUGUUGUUUCGAAAUAUUUAGAAUUGAAGUCGCCCUUCCUCGAAAAUGCUGUACUUAAUGCAAAAUGGCAGCUAUCUACUAGUCAGACACCACACGGUCAAACCAGCAAAAUGGAUUUGAAAAAACACCCGAAUUGCAUCUCGGCUGGCGGUGGUUUUGGACCAGUAGCUGAUGAUGGCUACGGUGUAUCAUAUAUCAUUGCAGGGGAAGACAUACUAUUUUUCCACAUAUCAUCUAAGAAAGGGUGCACGAAGACGAGUUCCCACCGAUUCGCUGAUGAGAUAGUGCGGUCAUUGGCAGAUAUCCGAACGUUAUUCGAAAAGUACAACAGUUCAAAGAAGUCAAAUGGCACGUCGUAAGAAUUAUAUUCGUUAGAUCGAUAAUUUUUCUAGUUAAUUUUGUAUCAUUUUAAAAAAGAAAAAUUCUAAAAAAAUAUUUUCUUUUCGACCAAUCACUAUAUGAAAACUGAAACUUAUGAAAAAUGCAUCCACUUUGUGACGAGAGUUUUGAGAAAAAUUUUUUCUUUUGUGUGUCGUUUUCGAUUGAAAAUGAAAUGUUUAAACGAACGUCAACCUACCGCAUCAAUCACACGUGUAAUAAAAUUUAAAAAAAAUUGAAAUGGAGAAGUAUUUUUAGUUUAAAAAUUGAAUCGUUGUUUUUAGUGUAAAUUAGAAUUGAUAAAAUGAAAAGAAAAAGCGAAAAGAAAAUCUGAACUAUGCAAAAUGAUAACAACAGCAAGAAAGAAAUUUUUGUUUAGUUUAAAAAUCUAAAUUACGAACCAUAAAACUUACAUUUAUAAGUUAACAUCAACCGAACGUUAAAUAAAUUUGGGGUGACUUGGAAUUUUUUAAGACUAAAAAUGUUAAACGAAAAUAAAUUUUCAUUUUAAGUUUAA